AGUAGGGGCACAACAAAAUUCAUAUGUCCACUACCAAAACCACAAUCAUUCUUAUUAUUACAUCAUCCAUGACGUCACUUUCCCGACAAUCCUCAAAUGAUCCAAACCACACAAAACUCAUACACGUGUCAACAUCUUCAACCGUGUGGUUCCCCCAUACCCUUUCAUCAAUAUAUCACCAAAACCACCCUCAAAACGCACCAAAAAAAAAACACCUCUUUCCCCAAUUCUCAAAUUCUCAGAAUUUAUUUCUCUUUCAAACUUUCAUAACAAAAACAAAACAUUCGUGUGUGUGUUUGUUUUUUCUGACCAGGCAAGUAAAGAGAAAAUGACCAGCGUAACGGACGCUGAUCGAGACAAGUACAACAUGAUAAACUUCGAAGAGACCGAGUUACGACUCGGUCUCCCUGGUGCAAGUGAUCAUGGAGAUUUACCGGUAAAAAAUAGUUGUGGAAAAAGAGGUUUCUCAGAAACCGGUAAUAUGGAUUUGAAGCUUAAUCUUUCUUCAACUAAUAAUGACUCAGCUUCAUCUUCUUCUACUAUAGCUGUAAACAAAGGCAUAGAGAAAACUUCUACUGCUUCUAUUGCUACUGCACCUCCUCGUGCUAAGGCACAAGUUGUGGGAUGGCCACCAGUUAGAUCAUUUAGAAAGAACAUAGUAAAUGUUCAAAAGAGCAACAAUGAAUCAGAAGCAGAAAAAAGCACAAGCGGUGGAAAUGGAGCAUUUGUGAAGGUGAGUAUGGAUGGUGCACCAUAUCUACGUAAGGUGGACCUUAAAUUGUACAAGAGCUACCAAGAGCUGUCAGAUGCGCUGGCUAAAAUGUUUAGUUCAUUCACAAUUGACAAUUGUGGGUCCCAAGUUACCAAAGACUUUAUGAAUGAAAGCAAAUUGAUUGACCUUUUGAACGGUUCUGAUUAUGUACCAACAUAUGAAGACAAAGAUGGGGAUUGGAUGCUUGUUGGCGAUGUUCCUUGGGAAAUGUUCGUUCAAUCAUGCAAGCGUCUCCGCAUAAUGAAAGGUUCUGAGGCAAUUGGGCUAGCGCCAAGGGCAGUGGAAAAAUGCAAGAACAGAAGCUGAAAUCCUUGUUGUGUUCCGACAAAAAUCCAUAUCUUGUUGAUCAUCGAUCGGGGUCCCAAGGAAGAAAAUUUGCUCGAGUAAAUGUCGAGGGUAAUAUAGGAAUAAUAAGUGUUCAAUUAUAUUAUUAUUAUCGUUAUGUGUCUGUGUUAUUUCUUUUGUAUUUUUUUCCACUUAUAUGUGUAUUAUAUAAGAAUGAGAAAUUAGGUGGAAAUUCAUUAGGGACAAGAAAUAAUAUAAAAAAUGUUUAUAUGGCCAUGGCCCAGUUUUUGUUAAAAAAAAAUGUGACUCUGUCUAUUGCCAGCGUGUGCUUGACUAUAAUAAUGUCGAUGUUUCUAGUUAUCAUUA